CAGGAAGAGGAAGACCAGCUUGUGGGUUACAAAUCUAAAACUGGCAAAGGUAAUUUUUUUGAUCACCACUAGCUGAUGGCUGUGCCAGUUCUGCAAACAGCAGAUGCAUGAGCAGUUUUAAAACGUACAUAAAUGAGUGUGAAGCAGAGUGACACGGUGGCAGGCGUCUGUGGCGAUGGGCAGGGGUUUCACCACCUGUAACCCUAACCGAUAAAUGACUCUUAGUUGCCGUUUGUUUCGUUCUGCUGGCAACUGACUGAUGUUGCACAACUGUCACACCCUGCCACCAAGUAGCUGGGUGUGUGUGCAUAAAGUGUCAAGUGAGAGAUGAGUCAAAAGGUUGAGGAGGGGGCAGGAUUUCCUUUAUAUUCUAAGAUGUGUUGAGUAGGACAAAGCUCUCUGGACAGUCAUCAUGUCACCCAGGGUGUGCCAUCUUUAGAAAACAUCUUUCUGCCAGUCUCAUUUCACAAGAUGCGUCAUCAUCAACCCACACAAAACAGUUAGAAGGUAAGUGGCAACAUCUCUGCCAACCAAGUUUUUAUUUCAUUAAAAUCCACUCGCUAAGCUGAUAUCGAUGUUUUUACUUUUGAUUCAUCGUGUACAGAAUGCUACUGUAUGUGUCCUUGGGGUGAUGGAAAUUGUACAAAAAUUGGGUUUUAUAAGGAUUUUUAUUUGAGUUUUUUUUCCUCUUAAAAUGUGAUUUAAAAAAAAAGUUUGUGGUGUAUCCAGCUAUAGGGGCCAUCUUUAGAAAACCUUUUUUUGACAUUAAUAUUUCACAAGAUGCGUCAUCAUCAACCCACACAAAAAAGUUAUAAAAGUAUUCUUAUCAGAAGUUAUUAUUAUUAAAGCAUACAGAUAAAUAUUUGUGGUUUGUCAUAUAAAUGACUUUGAUCAGUCACCUGCAAACUAGUUUUAUUUAAGCAUAAAUCUUUAACAUUUUUUUUUGAGCAGUUACAAGCAAUGCUGUGCAAUACUGAUGAAAUCCUCCAUCAGAAGCAGAACACACUGUUCUUAUUGAAAACACUGAACACAGGGGAAGACAGACAGAGGAGUUACAUAUCCGGAAUCUGUGCCCUUUUGACCUGGAAAACACCUGGCAGCCAUGACAACAUCUGGAUCCCGAGCCUUUGUCAUUGUCCUCCUCCUCCUCGGCUCCCUCUCAUCCCUGCUUUAUUACAUCUUAUUGAAUGAGAAGCUCUGUCUGCAGAAAUAUCAUCUAGAUGUUCCUCAGAGAAACAUCAGCAUCCUGCUUUGGCACUGGCCGUUCGGCCGCUCAUACCAGCUUGACGGGAACAAAUGCCUCGAGAUGUACAACAUCAGCCGAUGUUUCCUUACUCAUAACAUCUCUUCUUUCUCUACGGCCGAUGUGGUUGUCUUCCACCACCAGGAGCUGAGCAGAGGUCUGUCCUCAAUGCCCCUGCACCAGCAUCGCCCCGCCUCCCAGCACUGGGUGUGGUUGUCAAUGGAGCCUCCUAUCAACAAUGCGAACCUCACACAGCUGAACGGCCUCUUCAACUGGACGAUGAGCUACAGACGUGAUGCAGACAUAUCUAUCCCUUAUGGAAAGACCAUGCUAGGAGGUGAUGGACUAGGCUUUCAGGCUCCUCUAAAUCGCUCCUGUUUUGUCAGCUGGGUGGUCAGCAGAUAUCGGCCUCACCAGGCUCGGGCUGUUGUUUACCAAAGUCUGAAGAAGUAUAUACCCAUAGAGGUGUACGGCAAGUGGAACAAAAAACCCCUGUCAGACAAAGAGCUGUUGCCCACCAUUGCAAAGUGUCUUUUUUACCUGUCUUUUGAGAACUCUGAGACGACAGACUAUAUCAGCGAGAAGCUCUGGAGAAACGCUUUCCAAGCAGGGGCCGUGCCAGUGGUACUCGGACCCAGCAGGGCCACGUAUGAGGCACUGGCUCCCCCUGGUUCCUUUAUCCAUGUCUCUGAUUUCAAGAGCACAGCAGACCUGGCAGCCUAUCUGAAGCAUGUGGCUGCAGACCGGCAGGCCUAUGAGGAGUACUUCCAGUGGCGCAGCACCCACAGAAUUAAAACCAUCACUGACUGGAGAGAAAGGCUUUGUCACAUCUGUGUUAAGUACUCCAGUUUACCAGCGAAUAGAGUCUAUCAGGACCUGGACAGCUGGGUUAACAGCUGAAAUUUGAUGUCUUCAGGUUGAUGAGGUGUUGAUUGGGACUGCUGAUACUGCUGUUUUACCACAUGCAAAUGUGAAAUACCAUACAGUGAAAUUUGAUGUAGAAUUACAUGUGUCUCAGUCAGCAAUGCAGCUUUGGUAAGCAGGGAGGAACUGCACAUCACAGAAACAAAUCUCUGUGGUUGGGUGAGUUGGCAGUGCACUGUACAAAAAAGAAGAAGUGGGAACUCAUGUUUGAACCACAGAGGCAAGUUUUUCUUCACAACAAGUUACUGACGACUGUAAACAGUGAUGGGUGUUUCAUUAUUUUUCCUAAGCCUAUAUACGCUUUUCCGGUGCUUUUCAAAAAUAAUUGUUUGCUAAAUAAAUUACAGCUGGUAACCUACUGAGUAAAAGCCAAUAUCAGUUUCACCGGCAACAUUCUAUUUAAUAAGGUUCACUGUCAGGCAUCAUGAUAAAACUAGCAACCAGUGAAUUAAAGAAUAGACUAAUUUCCAAAAUAAAGCCAUGCUCUGCACAACAAGAGAAUUCUGUUAAAAUGUUGAAUCAAUCCAGUGAUCAUCUGACUUUUUUUGAUUUAACCUAUCUACUGAGAUGCACAUUCAUAUGACCCACAAUCUUGGUCUCUGUUACCAUGCCCAUAAAUCUUAAUUGGGCAUGCUGUCAUGACUGUGGCUGAUGGGGGUCAAUAUCUAAAAAAAAUAAGUGUUACCACUUCUUUUAUAUUUUUAAAACUGUUUAUUUUAGAUCCAAUAUUUCCAGGGAUACACCACAUCCUGAAAUAUAUGUACACAUUUUAGUUGAACACAUUUGAAUGUACUCAAGGAACAAACUGUCUCAAUUCACCCCCCUCUCCCCUACCUGAUUUUCUAAAUUUUUGCAUCUGCCCAGCUUAUUAAUAUCUGGCAUAAGUGCAUGUCUCUUUGUACGGCAUACAUCAAGUUAAAGCUCUCCUACUUAACUGCUCUUACAGCUGGGAUGGCAGCUCAAUUCUUUAAUGACUGGUUCUAAGGAAGAUAGGAAUGGCAAAUAUAGCCAAGUUAAAGUAGAUUACUAGUUCAAAAAAUGCUUGAGUAAAGAGUAAAAGCGCAGAAAGUGAAAGGUUAUUGUUCCUAAAAAAUACUUAUUAAAUUAAUUUCUUCCCACCUGAGAAGGUUUGGUUAAGGUUAGACCACGGAAACUACUUGAUUAUUCAAAACUAACUUUCAUUGGAAGAAGGUUAUAAUAGACAUACAACUUUAUUUGUCUUGCAGUAAGCACUUAACAUUUUUACUAAGUGCUUUAACUAAGGGCUAGAGUGUUGACACAAAAUUUGGCAUCAAAAAUUUCUUUUUGGAUUGAAAACAAAAUCGGAACUGAAAAAGAUAACAUUGGCACUGAAACAUUUGUAUUUCAGAAAGUUGUGUUGGUACUGAAAAAACUUUCACUGAAAAAUAAAACACAUUUUAUAAUUAUUCUUCAUUAUGUUCAUGUUAUAAGUGGUAGGUUUUUUACGCUGUCAGAUUUUUUCACUGUCACUGGUUUUAAGUUUCAACUUUCUGUGAGUGUUUUGGCGAGGAGGGGUCUGAGGGGAGGGGCAAGGGGAACAUCAUUUACAUAUAAUCACCACUGUAAUGAGAGAACAUCACCCUUCCAGCAGCUGUCCUCUUGUCCUCUUGUCCUCUUGUCUACCGUCCACUUCAAAGCUUCUGGCAUCACUGCAAAGAAAUAAGUCUGUUUCUCUCUGCAGUUGUUUUCUCACAUUACAACUGGCUGGGUGAGACUCACUGUUUCAUUUCCUCUUUUGGUCCGUAUCAUAGUGCACAUGAAGCUGCAGAAUGCAGUUAGAAAGUGAGUUUUUUAAAAAUAGGCUGUGCAUAAUCUGACAGUGUUUUAACACCAUUAAACUGACUUUGAAUUUACUACAUUUGUUGAAGUAGCUGAAAUAAAGCCAUUGAAUGCUGUUGAGCCAAGAUCCAGAUACGUGCAUCAGGUGCAUUUCUGUAGCUAGUAUGAUGUAUGUGACAAUUCAUAUUUUUACAAGAAUUAAAUUUGGAUUUGAAACCUGAUGGAAUUUUGAUGAAUGCCUAGACUUACAGUUGCAGCUCAAAUAACUUUUUUUUCAAAUAAUUUCAAAUGUACCUGUAGAUGUCAAAAAUUUUAGAUCUAUUUUAACCUCGAUGCCUUUUCAAGGGCAUAUCAACAAACACAUCAUCACUGGAUUAGAUUAUGUGUCUGUGUCUUUUAUUUGUGUUUUUUAUGUCUUCAACUGAAUGUUUCAUCUUCAGUUGCUACCCCUGUAUUUUAUCCCAUCAGUUCAAAGCUUAACAAAUAUAUUUAAAUAUAAUGGGCAACAGUAUAAUACACAUUCAGAUUCCACCACUUUAUCAUCCAAUAAGGAAAUGUUAGUUAGGAAAAUUAUGAAGUAACGGAGAACACUGAAUAAAACUACUGUAUGAACUUAUAGACUCAGUCAGUUUUUAAAGAUAAAUGUGCACAGUCUGCAUAUUCAUGCAUUAUUAUGUCUAUGUCCGCUGAAAUAAAAUGGAGACUUUGGCUGCA